AUGCGUUCCACCUCCAUCGUCACUGCUCUUGUGCUCACUUUGGGCGCUCAAGUCGUCUCGGCCGCCAAACACGACUUCCUCAUCUGUUGCCAGCGCAACCCUUCAACUGGUGUUUGGUCCCCUAACUUGGCUCUUACGGAACUUGUGUGCAAGGCCCUUUAUCCAAAUGAUGGCGAAUACCGUCAAAAUGCGUGCUAUGGGGUUCACACUGAGCUCUAUGGUGAUGAUUUUUGGACAAACUGCAGGAAUGUUGGCAGCCAAGACCGUGGAUGA